AUGAGAAUUUUGCUUCAGGCUCCCAGUGAGGAGUGGGGAUCCGGGGACCAGGGUUUGGAUGUCUGGUUCCCUGAAACCCCAUGGGAGGGGGGAGAACCGGGGGGCAGCCCCGGCCAGCCGGGCUGGGGCGCUUCCCCCAGCGGUGGAGCCCGGGGGCUCUGCCCCCGCACUCGGGGCUGGAGCCAGCGCGUAGCCGCCAGCGGGGCAGCCUCCCACGGGUCCAGCGGGGCUGCUCCGGCCCGGCCAGGAGGGACGGAAGGGGAGGAGACCAAGGCAGCCCGGAGAGAGGGGCUCGGCCGGCCGCCCGGCCAGACCAGGCUGGCGGGGACCGAGGCAGCAGCUCCAAUCGGCUCCUCCGGCGGGGUCCCGGCGAUCAGCCGCGCCAUGUGCUGGGCUCUGGCCGCCGCCUUGCUGGGGACCCUGCUGCUGCUGCUGCUGGCGCUGCGCUCCCGGCGGACGCGGCUACCGAGUGAACCUCCACUUGACAGAGGUCUUGUUCCUUGGCUGGGACAUGCUGUGGAAUUUGGAAAAGAUGCUGCCAGCUUCCUGUCUAAAAUGAAGCAAAAACAUGGCGAUAUUUUCACAAUCCAGGUUGCCGGGAAAUUUAUCACCAUCUUGUUGGACCCUCACUCGUAUGAUUCGGUGCUUUGGGAGUCAAGUUGUCAACUAGAUUUCAGCAAAUAUGCGCGCCUUUUAAUGGAUCGAAUGUUUGAUGUCAAACUGCCUGACUAUGACCCCAAUGAGGAAAAGGUCAUACUGAGAUCGGCUCUGCAAAACAAGAACCUCCCAUCCCUCACUAAGGCGAUGUUCUUCAACCUUCAGACCCUUCUGCUUUCUGACCCAAGCAAUUUGAGCCGGCAGUGGAUAGACGAAGGCUUGUUUAAUCUCUCCUAUGGUAUGAUGCUCAGAGCUGGAUACCUGACCCUGUAUGGAAAUGAAGGAGAAAACUGCAACGAUCCUUCUUGCCAAGAUAAAGACCGGGCCCAUUCUGCUGAGGUCUACAAUGCAUUUUAUAAAUUGGACCAGCUGUUGAUGAGAGCGGCCCGCUCCAUGCUAACUGCAGCGGAAAAGAAGGAAGCUGCCAGCCUCAAGGGACAUCUCUGGAAGCUACUGUCUGUAAAAAGACUGAAUUCCAAAGCCAACAAAAGCCUUUGGCUAGAGAGCUACAAGCAGCACCUAGAGGAACUGGGAGUGGAUGAGGAUAUGCAACCCAGAGCCAUGCUGAUGCAGCUCUGGGCCACACAGGGUAAUGCAGGUCCUGCAGUUUUUUGGCUUCUCCUGUUUCUUCUAAAACAUCCUGCAGCCAUGGCAGCAGUUCAAGGUGAAUUAGAAAAAGUAAUUAGAAACAGAGGACAAACAAUGAAACAGAUGCAAGGCAUUAGCCAAGAGAUGCUGGACAGCACUCCUGUUUUUGACAGUGCACUGAAUGAAACACUGCGUUUGACAGCAGCCCCUUUUAUCAGCAGAGAAGUACUUGCAGACAUGCAACUGAGACUGGCAGAUGGCAGGAAGUUCAGCCUGAGAAAAGAAGACAGACUCUGUCUUUUUCCAUAUUUGAGCCCACAGAUGGACUCCGAAAUCUAUGAGGAGCCGGAGAAAUUUAAAUACGACAGAUUCCUGAAUGCAGACAACACGGAGAAAAGAGAUUUCUAUAAAGGAGGGGAAAGGCUGAAAUAUUACAACAUGCCAUGGGGAGCAGGAAUUAACACAUGUAUUGGAAAGUUCCAUGCAGUCAAUAGCAUCAAACAGUUUGUUUUCAUCUUGUUAACCAAUUUUGACUUGGAACUGAAAGAUCCUGAAGCAAGAAUCCCAGGGUUUGACAAGGAAAGAUACGGCUUCGGAAUGUUACAGCCAGAGAAUGACAUCAUGAUUCAAUAUAAAUUGAAAGAUUAGUAAAAUAGCAAUGGCUUCCCUUCCAUCAUCCAGCUGGUCUCCUCUGUGUUCCUCUGGUUUUUCUGAGAACUGUCAUCGAACUGAUUCUAGAUCCAAGUAGUGUAUUUUGGCUUUAUUAAUUAAUCCAUUGGGCUGGGGUAAUGGUAGCAGUUAGAACAUUAGAAGGAAAAAAGUCACCAUUAUGUUGGCUUUGUACCUUCUAGAUUAAGCUUUAAUGCUAAAUGACUCUAGUUAAUAGGGGAGCUUCAACAUACCAUACAGUCAUGUUUAGUAACUAAUCACUAGAUAUAGUCAAAGCAAACUUUACAUCACGGAAGCACGUUUCAAGGGAGACUAUAAGCUAUUGUGUGUAACUCUCAACCAAUUUUGCACAUUCAUGGAAUUUCUUGCAAAUCCUUGGGUACGACUAAAUAUAUCUAGCAGAGUCAUGACACAGAAAGCUGAGUUUUUAUUUCUGAGUAGCUGGGCCUUGGCAUCCAUACGGAGGGUUGGUCUUCCUGCACCCCAGCAUGAGAGAGAACUUUGGAAAGGAAGAUACACUUGAGUGGGUCAGCAUCAUUAAGCAUAUUGUGUCUUAGUGGAAUUAUCUGAUCAUUUUGACUGCUGAAGGUAAGGGGCCAUUCCAGCUCAUAGGUUUACAGCCCAGAUUAUGGGCUGGCCAGACAAAUUGCACACAGCACAGGUAGGUAGGAGGGAUGUGUGGUGUGGGAGAGAGUGUUGGAAAGUGACAUAAUGUUCACCAUUUGCACUCUCCUAAUCUUGGAGCUCUUGAAUGCAGGCUGGUCCUUCAGGCUGCUCUAAUUUAUGGAAGAUGUUGAUGGCUCCAAAGAGAUGCUGCCCUGUGCCCCCUUUCCUCCAGCCACACCAACUGCAUUGGUAGCAGGGAAAGGCAACAAGAAGGAG